AUGAAAGCCAUGAAAGAAAUGAAGGGGUUCAAGGGUCUCGGCAACAAGAUGCUCGGCGGCAUGAAGAGGAAGCCCACAAACGGAUCCACCACUUCAGCGCCUGUCGCUAGCAGCAGCAACCUUCCAGACGGCCCGGACGAUGACACACCGGAGGCGAUCGCAAUCUACAAUGCGAGGAAAUUCUGCGAGUCUGGAGGCGGCGACAAUGCGGGCGACGAAGUUACCUUCCUCCCCGCCAUCGUCGAUGCGGCCGAGUCCUCCCCCGCCGCCGCCGCCGAGUGCGCGCGCAUAAUCCGCAAGUACCUGCACAAGGACUACACAUCCCGACCCUCGUUCCAGUACAACGCCAUCAUGCUCAUGCGCAUCCUGGCCGACAAUCCGGGGAUGACAUUCACGCGGAGCUUGGACAAGAAGUUCAUCGACACAUCCAAGGAGCUGCUGCGUUACGGCCGCGACUUUUCGGUGCGCCAGAUGCUCAUGGAGACGCUAGACGCGUUCGAGGCCACCAAGAGUUAUGACGAGGGCUUGCAACCAAUCCUGGAGAUGUGGAGGAAGGAGAAGGAAAAGGCAUACAAGGCUUACGGGAUACCCCCCGGGGGCCCUCCUCGAGGCCCGCCAGGAGGUCCGCCGCCGAACGCCUUCCAACAACAAAAUUACUUUUCGCGCCACCACACCAACCGGCGACUCCCGGAUCCCGUCGAGCUGGCCAGCCGGCUCGAGGAGGCGCGCACGUCGGCAAAGCUCCUGCAACAGGUCGUGGCAUGCACCCCGCCGGCCGAGGUGCUGGACCAUGAACUGAUCCAGGAGUUUGCAAACCGAUGCCUGAGCGCGUCCAGGUCCAUCCAGGUCUACAUGACGGCUGAGAACCCGAGUCCGGAUAACGACACGAUGGAGUCGUUGAUCGACACCAACGAGCAGCUUCAGACGGCCUUGAAUCUGCACCAGAGGGCCGUGCUCAACGCCAGGAAGCAGCAGCAGCAACCACAGUCGCCCACGCGGGCCGAAACCAUGCCGGCGAACGACAUGGGCAGCGGGCUUGAGACCCCGGACGAACGAUUCAGGAGCCCUGACUCCAACGGUUUGUCGCUACACCAACCGACGCCGAGCAACAAGGCGCUGGGCAAGCAGGCCGAGUCGUCAAGAUCGACGCCGCGGCCCGAGGACGAUCCGUUCCGGGACCCGGUCGAGGAUGGCGGCAGCAGCAGCAAUAAUGCCAGCGGCAGCAGUAACAACCGCGCCGGCGGCUCGUCGUCGCGGGCGGGCGGUGCUUUAGGUAAGGACAGCCACAGCGCUUACGAACCCUUGCACGUGGGCGGCGGGGCAGGAUUCGUCGUCGGCUCGACGCUCGCGGCCGGUUUAGCGCCGGGCGAAGGACGUGGCAGCGGUCCGCCGGCGGCGGCAGAAUCCGGCCCAAGGACAAACUUUCAGCAGACUGAUGAGGGGAUUGCGGCUUCUCGCACGCGCAAUAGGGGCAUGACCCAAGGUUCCGCCAUCUCGGACCUGUACGACGAUUCGGGCGACGAGCGGUAUGGAAGGACGACGUCAACAUCAAGAGCGGUGGGGAAAGGGGUGGACGACGGGCCGAUCCACCGGUAUUGA